AUGUUGACAAAUUUGAUUGCAACAGGAAUUGGCAAAGUAAGUGCAGUGCUCACAAUUGCACAUAUAUUCAGGGCAAAAUCUAACUUCAGUCAGAAGAAGAUGACCAGGGAGGAGCUAUAUAUCCCUGUUGAAAGUUCAGUUGUCACCCUACUAUUAAAAGACGAUGAGAUCCUCGGCCACGCUGCCGUCUACUCCCCGGUGCGCGCCUUUUGCAUCAUCCCCCCGCUGCUUAUCCAGUCCCAGCUGCCGGAGAGUCCCGCCGCUGGCACAAGCACCUUGCAAUCGAGAUGUGCUUCUCCGCUGGUGCUGGAGUUAUGGACAUCUUGCAAGCUUACUUGCAGGUUAGUGCAUAUGGCAUUGGGUUGGCGUUGGUGCAGGUUCAGGUUCAUUCACAACACAUUCAGGAGAUCAAUGGAGACCAUCUCUAGGUAUUUCAAGCAGGUGCUUUUUGCUGUUGGGGAGCUUAGAGGAGAGAUGAUAAAGAGACCAUCUGGGCAGACUCCACCCAAGAUUCGCGGAAGCCCAAGAUGGUAUCCAUACUCCAAGGAUUGCAUUGGAGCAAUAGAUGGUACUCAUGUCAUUGCCAGAGUUCCUAGGUAA